AUGAACCCAAGCAUCCCAGAUUCUGCGGAAGAUGCGUUGCAUGUCUGGAACGCUGCAGGAAAAGCGCUGUUUUCCGGGCGAGUAGAAGGGCUGAGUGACGUGCGGACGCUAAAGCGGCAACUGCAGGAGCUGUGCGGCGUACCUCGAUUUCGGCAAAGGCUUUUGCAUGGCAACGUUGUCUUGGAUGAUGAUGCCCAGUUGGAUUCCCCCGUCAACCUACAGCUGGUUCUGUUACCUUUUUGCAGCACGUCGUACGUUCAAGUGAUUGAGCUCCAUAAAGCCGCGGAGACUGGUGAUGUGUCAGCAUUGGAAAAACUCUUACAACGACCUCAAAACCCAGAGCUGCAACUAGAAGAAGGGUCUGAUUGGGACUCGGGUGACGAUGGCAGUGAGCUUGAUGACUAUCGGCAGGUUCCGCUGAGCACAGCAUCUUUUGAAGGCCAUGUGGAGAGUGUGCAGUUGCUGUUGGAAGCUCGUGCGCACAGUGAUGGUUGCCGGGAAACUGACAUCACUGGCGCGUGGACUCCUCUCUGUUGCGCAUCCUCCCGUGGCCAUGUGGAAAUUGUACGAUUGCUCCUCAAGGCCGCAGCCAAUCCGAACGGCCUGCGCCAGCAAAGAGCUUCAAAGCCUCUAUGCCUGGCAGCUACCGCUGGCGAGCCGAGCAUUGUCCGUAUGCUCCUCGAGGCUGAUGCCGACAAGGAUGCUUUCGAUCUUGAUGGGGAAACGGCUCUCUGCAAAGCUUCGUGGGAAGGCCACAUGGAAAUUGCAAGAUUGCUUCUGUCAGCUGGAGUUGACAUCGAUGCCUAUGAUGGGAGCGAUGGUUGCACUGCGUACCCACACGGCAUUAACUCUUGCAAGUUUCGUCCGCCACGGGUCAGUGGGACCCCGCUUUGCGCGGCGUCAGAGUCGGGCCAUGAAGAUGUGGUUCGUUUGUUGCUGUCAGUUCAUGCUUAUACAGAGGCACGCAACGCUGAAGGGGAGACUCCGCUAUGCUCGGCAUCUUUGACAGGGCACUUGGUUAUCGUGCAGCUGCUUUUGGGUGCUUUUGCUGACAUAGAUGUUUUCAACAACAACGGCGAAACUCCUCUCUGCGCAGCAUCAUUCGAAGGCCACAUAGACGUGGUAGCGUUUCUUCUCAAAGCUGGGGCUGACAGGAAUGCUGCCGAUGAGAACGCAAGCAACAUUAGAUUAGGGGUAGGUGCCAAAAAAAGGUUUUCGCAUAGCGAGUAUUGGACGGGGGGCAUGACACCUCUAUGUGCCGCAUCAUGUACUGGCAGUUUGCGCAUCGUGCGGUUGCUUCUGAAUGCAGGUGCGAAUGAUGCCGCGCCCGACAGCAAAGGCAACACCCCCUACAGCCUUGCGUUGCGUGCAGGCCAUUUGCAAAUCUGCAACUUCUUGAAGGCCUGGGAUGCAGAUGCCCAGUGCCGCAACAUCAAGAACAAGCGCCACAAGCGAGACUGCUGA